UAAAGCAAAGGAAAUGGACAACAAAGAUGCUGGUUAUUCCAAACCCGUAAUUGCAGAAGUGGCUAUGUUGCUUAGGUUGGGAGAACCUCCAUUAUGUCCCAACAUCAUCAAAUUACACCACUGGAUUGAGAAUAAGAGGAGCUUCGUGCUCAUUAUGGAGUACCCGCAACCAUGCUGUACCUUGCAUCAGUACAUCACAUAUUCAGAUGACGGGAAUGAAGGAAAAGCACGCUGGUUAAUCUGUCAGUUAGUCCAAGCUGUGAAACACUGCAUUGACCGUGGAGUCUUCCAUGGUGAUAUCCACACGGGGAACAUCCUGGUGACUGACCACAAUUUGGAGCUCAAACUAAUUGACUUUGGUUGUGCUUAUCCAAUCAGCAGUGAGUGCGUUCUCAGCAGUGUAUAUCGAGGAGCACCACUCUACACCCCACCUGAGGUCAUAGGGCAUACCAAAUUCUACGCUGAACCAGCAUAUGUCUGGGCAAUAGGUGUUGUGCUGUUUGAAAUCUUGCACGGGUAUUUGCCAUUUGGAAGCCAAGACGAAAUACUGCGUGACUAUGUUAAAGCGAAACUGACUUUAUCCUCAGCAUGCCAUGACCUGAUUUUCCAGUGUUUGAUCCGCAAUCCAGCAAACAGACUGAUGCUACAGCAUCUAGAA